AGAGCUGGUCACACCCGGGUACCUGGCCGUGUCACCGCGCAGCAUCCCAUCGACUCUCUUUACCCUCCCCCACCCCCACUCCCUGUUGGCCUUUCAGCUGCUCCUCGUCACUCCCGCCAUCAGCCAUCACCGUCUAUUCUCUCUCCCUUACUACUACUACUACUAUUCCAAUUAUUGCUAUUUGACACUUUCCUUUAAUCACUCCCAAUACCCGCAGAAAAGAGAAAAUGCCGUCCGGAAACGGUUGCCGUGCGAACCAGCGUCGCGAGCGUGAGAUGAAGAAGGCGCAAGGCGUCGGUCAGAAGCACUCCGCCGAGGACAUCAAGAAACACGAGCAGAGCAAAAAUGCGGUGCAGUGCAAGGUGUGUCUGCAGGGCUUUCCCCGUACGGUGCGCCGCGCGGAGUUGGACCAGCACUACGAGAAGCACGAAAAGACAGGCAAGUCGUUCGCGGAGGUGUUCCCGGACUUCGAGCAGUAG